AUCAAUGAGUUAAUCAAAACUAUAGACCGAACUCAAGAAGAAGUGUCUCUUCUCAUCAAAACUCUUUAUAAUUUGUACUAUUCUUCGGAGGCCAACAGAAUUCAACACGAAUUUGAGAUUCUGUUAAAUUUAGUCAUAAAAGUUGUAAAAGAGAUUUGGACUCAAACUGAACUUCAAGACCAGUCUGAAGAGUGGUCACCAAAAUAUAAGAUAACCGAUUCGCUAAUCAUAAGAGCCCCUGAGUUGCGCAAAAUAGACUGGAAAUUAGCAUUGCAUUUGAUCACGUUACUAAAUAGAAUCAAGUUCCAAUGUAAAAAUUAUGAGACGGGUAGAGUUAGA